UAUAAAUGGAGACUCUCCUAUAGUGAAUAUCAUCAUCCAAACAAAAACUAAGUUACUUCUUCUCAUCAUAGUCUACAAACAAACCUUGUCUUCUCUAACUCCCUAAAAGAAAUAAGCAAAAUGGGAGCCAACUCAUCCAACAUGGAUUAUCCUCAUACAUCAUCAGCAAAAUCAUCAUUAUCAGCAAAAUCAACAUCAUCAGCUAAAUCAUCAUCAUCUCACAUUCUCACUUUCCAUUCCACUGCUAAAUGGAAGGCUCAUUUUGAUGCAUCCAAAGAAACUAACAAGCUGAUGGUGGUUGAAUUUACGGCUACAUGGUGUGGACCUUGCAAAUUCAUGGAUCCAAUCUUCCAAGAUUUUGCUGCAAAAUAUAUUAAAGUUGAUUUCAUCAAGAUUGACGUGGAUGUAUUAAUGGGUGUUUCUCAAGAAUUCCAGGUGCAAGCAAUGCCAACAUUUAUAUUGAUGAAGAAAGGAAAAAUUGUUGACAAGGUGGUAGGGGCAAAAAAGGAAGAUCUUGAAAAGUUGAUUGAAAAGCAUCAAAACUGAGUCUCUAAUCUUGCACUUGGUAAAGGAUUUGUGAGGAUUAUAAAGGAACAUGAAUAAGGAGAAAUUAUUCAUUAUUUCUCUUGUCGGCAUUUACAUGUUUGUGUAACCUUGAUUGAAACUUUUUCUUCUUAAAUGGUUUUUAACUUGCAAAGCGUUUUUGUGUAACUUCAAUUGAAGUUCUUUUUAUUAAUCUAUAAGUGUAAAUUUGUUUUACACAAGUAUGAUGUAUCUAAUUGCAUUCUACGUUGAGAUAUUUAUUUUGUUU